GCGGGAUUAUCCCGUCCCCGCCGCCAUCAUGAGCCUGGUGGUACGGAACGCCCAGCGCGCCGUCCCAGUGCGCCGUGUCCCGCUCCGCCGCGCCGUGUGCGUCCUGCGGGCGGCCCUGGGCGUCUCCCGCUUCGACGUGGGGAUAGUCUGCGCUGGCAACGGGCUGAUGCGGUGUCUCAACGGCGAGUACCGGCAGCGCCCAGAGCCCACCGACGUGCUGUCCUUCCCUUUCCACCGGCUGGUCGCUGGGGAGCUACCGCGGCCGCGCUGCCGCGAGGAAUACAAUUUGGGAGACAUCUUCCUGGGGGUGGAGUACAUCCACCAGCAGUGCUGUGCUACCGGGGAGGACUUCGACAGCGUGCUGACGGUGACAGCAGCCCAUGGACUGUGCCAUUUGCUUGGCUAUCAGCACAACACGAAAUCUGAGUGGCAACAGAUGUACCAGAAGGAGGUGGAGAUCCUGGAGGAGCUGAACCGGCUCACAGGCACCAGCCUCCGCCCCCUGACUGCAGGCCUCUUCUGAGACGGCCACACUGGGGACCCUGCAGCAACCACUUUCCACCCGAGUGCAGAG